GUGGUGCAGUUCAAGCAGCAGUCGCGGCUGGAGGAGAAGCGCAAGAAGGCGCUGGACCUGCAGCUGGACUUCAUCGUGGGCCAGACCGAGCGCUACUCGGACCUGCUCAGCCGCAGCCUCAACGCGCCCCGGCCGCGCCACGGGGACCUCGGCCCCGCAGCCUCGGCCCCCGAGCCCCCCCCCGGCCCCUGGGCGACCUCCUGGGGGCGCUGCCCCCCGCAGGUGCUGAGGCGGGGCCGGGACCCUCCCCCGCCCUGGGGGCCCCGCGAGGAGGACGAGGAGUUCGAGGCCGAGGAGGAGGAAGGUGAGGAUGAGGAGGACACGAUCGCGGCCCAGGAGCGCCUGGAGGGCGAUGUCGAUCACCAGCAGGAGCUGGACGACCUGGCCAGGGAGGGUGCGCUGCCCAUGGAGGAGCUGCUCCAGCGUUACCGCGGCGCCUUCGCCGACUCCGACUGCGACUCCGCCCCCGGCGCCAGCAGCACCCGCUCAGACUCACCUGGCAGCGACGAUGACGACGACGACGACGACGACGACGAUGACGACGACGAAGCCGACGACGAGGAGGAGGACGAGGAGGGGGAGGGGCAGGAGGGGGGCGUGGCCGCGGCCCCCGGCCCGGGGGAGGAGCCGGGCGAGGUGGGCGUGGCCGCCCCGCCCGCACCCGCCCAGGCGGGCGGGGCCGAGGGGGCGGGGCCGGCGGCGCCCGCGGGGGGAGGCCCCGCCCCCAAGAAGGAGAUCAGCGACAUCGCGGCGGCGGCCGAGAGCCUCCAACCGAAAGGGUACACGCUGGCAACCACGCAGGUGAAGACGCCGAUCCCUCACCUGCUGCGGGGCACGCUCCGCGAGUACCAGCACAUCGGGCUGGACUGGCUGGUGACCAUGUACGAGAAGAAGCUGAACGGGAUCCUGGCCGACGAGAUGGGGCUGGGCAAAACCAUCCAGACCAUAUCGCUCCUCGCUCACCUGGCCUGCGAGAAAGGUAACUCACCUGUGGGACACACCUGGGAUACACCUGAGAGCGAUGGCAUACACCUGAGAGUCAUUGUGUACACAUGGGAUACACCUGGGACGGGGCUGGGCAAAACCAUCCAGAGCAUCUCGCUGCUGGCUCACCUGGGCUGUGAGAAAGGUAAUCACACACCUGGGCACACCUGGGCACACCUGGGAUACACCUAG